AUGGCAACAUUCACAAUCACGAUUUCGCUGACACUCACGGUGCUCGCCUGUGUCUCAGCGCAGGUCCAGAACCAAUAUUCGACGAACAACUAUAACCAAAAUGCGGCCAGCUUUAACCGAAACGCGGCAGCUGGGCAACGACUGGUGAACCAGCAGCAACAGCAGCAACAACAGCACCAGUCCCAGCAGCAUUUCCAACGCCAGGCGCAAGCCCUUCGGGCGCCCCUUCUGCCGCCGCCCAAUCCCAACCAGUUUAGCCAAAGGCUCCAGCAACCCUUCGCGAACCCGAUCCGACCGUUCGUGCCCAUCACGUCCUACAGCAACGACGUUGCGUACGACGGAUCGUACUCCUAUGCAUACACGACGGGCGACGGCCAACAGCAGCAGGCCCAGGGGUAUCUGAAAAAUGCUGGCCUCAAGGACCUCGAGGCCCAAUCGGUGCAGGGUUCGUACUCUUACACCUCACCCGAAGGACAGCUCAUCACGGUGACCUACAUAGCGGAUGAGAACGGGUUCCGUGCCGAAGGAGCUCACCUGCCGACGCCACCACCAAUCCCGGAGGCAAUCCAGAAGUCGCUUGCUCUCAUCGCCCAAACGCAGCCCGUUUCGGCACAGUUCAACGCUGCCUACAACCAGCCCCGCUUCCAGACUGGCCAUCAGCUGCCCACCGGUGCCGGGCAAAACUACAACCGAUUCGGCUAG